UCAGUACAAUUGUUUUCAUGGUGUGUAGCAUUACUCCAUUUCAGCAGGGGGCGCUCUAAGCGAGACGACACUCUUCGGGCUGCCAGUUGUAAAGACAGUUAGCCUGAUAGCUAACAACAACAACAGAAGAUCCCGGGCAGCUAGCGUUACAAUUUAACCCAGGAUAAAGGGGGCAAACUGCUUCCAUCUGGCACGCACUGAUGCAGAUGGACGUCAAGACUGAACAUUGACGAGUGGAAGUGACAGAUUCCUCCUCCUCAGGCUCUUGUGCCCAACACCUUCUGUCACGCUGGCAAUGUCAAGAGUCCCGAGUCCCCCUCCUCCUGCGGAAAUGUCCAGCGGGCCUGUGGCUGAGAGCUGGUGCUACACACAGAUCAAAGUGGUGAAGUUCUCUUACAUGUGGACCAUCAACAACUUCAGUUUCUGUCGUGAGGAGAUGGGCGAGGUCAUCAAGAGCUCCACCUUCUCCUCUGGGGCCAAUGACAAGCUGAAAUGGUGUUUGCGAGUGAAUCCUAAGGGCCUGGAUGAGGAGAGCAAAGAUUACCUGUCUCUCUACCUGCUGCUGGUCAGCUGUCCAAAGGCAGAGGUACGCGCCAAGUUCAAAUUCUCCAUCCUCAACGCCAAGGGAGAGGAGACCAAAGCCAUGGAAAGCCAGAGGGCAUAUCGCUUUGUCCAGGGGAAAGACUGGGGCUUUAAAAAAUUCAUCCGGAGAGACUUCCUCCUAGAUGAGGCCAAUGGUCUUCUACCUGACGACAAGCUCACGCUCUUCUGUGAGGUGAGUGUGGUGCAGGACUCGGUCAACAUAUCUGGGCAGAACACUAUGAACAUGGUGAAGGUGCCUGACUGCCGGCUAGCAGAUGAGCUGGGGGGCCUGUGGGAGAACUCGCGCUUCACAGACUGUUCCCUGUGUGUGGCUGGCCAGGAGUUUCAGGCCCACAAAGCCAUCCUGGCAGCACGUUCCCCUGUAUUCAGUGCCAUGUUUGAGCAUGAGAUGGAAGAGAGCAAAAAGAACCGUGUGGAGAUCAAUGAUGUGGAGCCGGAGGUUUUCAAAGAGAUGAUGUGCUUCAUUUACACAGACAAGGCUCCCAAUCUGGACAAGAUGGCUGAUGACUUGCUUGCAGCAGCGGACAAGUAUGCUCUGGAGAGAUUGAAAGUCAUGUGCGAGGACGCUCUGUGCACCAGUCUGUCUGUGGAAAAUGCUGCUGAGAUCCUCAUCCUGGCUGACCUGCACAGCGCCGACCAGCUGAAAACGCAGGCUGUCGACUUCAUUAACUACCACGCUGCAGAGGUGAUGGAGACAGCCGGAUGGAAGUCCAUGGUAGCGUCUCAUCCGCACCUGGUGGCUGAAGCUUACCGCUCCCUGGCUUCAGCUCAGUGCCCUUUCCUCGGACCUCCACGCAAGCGCCUCAAACAAUCCUAACAGCCUCACACUCUGGCUUAGCAAGAUUUGACAUUGUGCUCUUUUUCGUCUGUGAAAACCAAAUCCUUCAACAUCCUGGUAGUUCCUGCUUUGGAAUCCGUUCGGGAAGAAGAACUGGACAGAACAACCCAAUAAGAACCAGCUGUCUGGACAUUUGGAGGCUUAAAGGACAAGUGCAGAUUGAACGGUGUGUUAUCAGAAAGCUUCUUUUUGCUCUGCUCUCAGUGUUUGGAGUAGAGCAGGCAGAGAAGCCCCCAGACUAUAGGACACAUGGGCCUGUGAGGGGACUAAACAAGAAGAUGUAGUGGGCCUGUUAGUUACAAACUAGAACCCCCCCGACCCCAUCCCCCAAGAAGGACAAACAAGGGCUAGUCAAAAAAGGAGAUAUGGGACAAAGUCAUCACAGUUUCCCAAGAAAGUUGGGAAAACAUUGCACUAAAGUCACAGGUCAACCCUUGUCAACCCUUACCAGCAGUAAAUUAGAAGUAACUGUAGGCAAGCACAUAUUGACUUCAUGGACUAAAGACCCAGCUGGACCACCAAGAACAAAUUCCCUUUAAGAGGAUUUAUCAGCAAGUGACAAAAAUAACACAUGUACUCCCAUAUAGAACUCUUCAAGCUUCAUCUGCAUCCGUUUUCAGUUUUUAAAUAGCCGGAAAUUAAAAACGAGUAUAGAGAGGAUACAGAAAAUAGCAACGCACAACUGGAUGUCAUUCUUGGGGAAAUAGUAUUUUAUGCGUGGAUCUGUGUUUGUAGCCCUUUAGACAAAAUCAAAUCCAAGGGUUCGACAGACAAACCAACCAGAAGACAACAAUUGCAGGAAAAAAAACACAUCAGACGGUUACAAAAUAACAUUAUGAUUCAAUCAGGCAUGUUAAUGUUCUUUAAUGAUUUUUUUUUUAAAUGUUUUUUUCCUCAGUACUGGCAAUUUCUAUUUUUUUCAUAGGAAUUUGUACAGACACUGUUUUUGAACGUGUGUAAGUCAAAAUCAUUUUCAACCGUGAAAUUGAAAAAGUUGACAGAUGUUUUCUUUGCUGGCAUGAAGACUGAAGCGGAAAGGAAACUGAAAUGAACACGUUUUAAUGUUCAGCAUAAACAGAGUGGAAACAAAUGCACACCAAGGCGAACCACAUGAAAUACAUUUGAAUUUAUCAUUUGAACCUGGUAGAAAGUGAUAAUCGAUAGAUGGAACCAUUGUUGUUUCUUUCCUGUAGAUAUCGCUGGAUAUGAGAAGUGACACUUAGUUGUUGCCAUUUUUUGUUCCCAAAAGAAUAAACUACAACUAUUUUGUAUUGAAUGCAAUGCAAACUUUGUCUGGGUAUUUUUGGAUGAAUUAUGUGGUUGUAUUGAGUAUAGUAUUUUCAGCUGCGUUAGGAAUUAGUCAUAGGAUUUCACAGAAGAUGCAAGAACCAGUCAAACAGAAAGCUUUGUGGUAAUUGUUGCAUAUGAGCUAUUUAAGAGAAUAUGUGGUGUUUUAUUAUUAUCUUCUGUCAGGUAUGAACGAAAUUCACGAGUCGCCCAGACAUGUCAUGUGAAUCAUGAACAGGUGAACAACUGUUUUUCACAGGGAGAGAGA